GCUUUCCCUGCUGCAUUCGCGAAGGCUUCAUCCGGUGACAGUACUCUUUCACCUGGACGCACAGAUGAAGGAGGUACAAGUAGUAGCGCAAGGCAUCAAUGCAGUGCUGCUCGUGCCAGUGACUCGAAGGCCAAUGGUGGAAGCAAUUUUUUUUCACCAUCAGCAUCGCAUAAACCAAAAGACGAUAGAAGCGCUGGCUUGUUAGGCGCGAGAACGUCCUCUGGUGUCCUGAACAGAACCAGUUCGUCGGCAUCAAGCUCUUCCUCUACUCGUACACCAGAUCAAUCGAAGUGGUCCCGCACUAGGAGGAAACCAGCUGCGUCGAUAGUGUCCGAAAACUCCUCUUAUGGAUUAAGGCCUGGUCUAUUCCACGAUCGUGCAGGCAGACCCUUUGGAGACGCAGAAAAACAAUCACUCUUUCAAGACACUCAUCGACUAGCGAUGCGCGUCAUGCUAGAACACCGCCUCGCCGAAAAUAGUCGCAAAGAGGCGGCAACAGCGGAUUUAUGAAGAAAAAAACUGCAUUCGCUUUCAAAAAAUGCUUUAUUCUUUUUAAGUAGGUUUUAACUAGCUAGUGAAGGUUAAAAUGGAUUAAAAUUAGCUAGGCAAGAAGAUUCCGGCUGCUAUGAUCGCACACGAAAGGGGGAUCUUAUGAAUCUGCGGGACAAUGGUCAUGGACGAGUCCGGCCCCACCUGGGGCCGAGAGAUCGAUAACUGGCGGAACGGGAUAUGAGGCCUCUUGCGGAUGCGUUGGCCGCCGCCGGGAUCCUCUUGCACUAUUUUAACUAGCUAGUGAAAUAUCCUAGUAAACUAGCUAUUUCAAUGGUGAAAUGAGAUUUUUUUAUUAAUUGAAAGCGAAUGCCGUUUUUCCUGUCAUAGGAUUGUAAGCGAGAUUAUUUGAAGUGUAUAGCAGCUUGGAAGGCACGAAGAGCAAAGCUUCGGUGCUACGACGAAGUGGACGCACAGCGAGCGCAGAAAGAAAAAGCCAGAAGAUGCCGUGAGAAGGCCAGUCUUGCCCGCGAUGUCACGACCAAAACUGCUGGUGGUCCAGGAUCAAACAAGUCCUCGAAUCUGCGUCAGCAAAGCUCAGCCCCGCAAGACAGCCGAAAAAACUUUGACUCCGUGAGACUCUACAACGGCUUUUCCUCACCACGUCCUGAGAGUUUGGGCUCGUCUCCCGCAGUCUCUAUAGGAGGCCCGACAAAACUCGACGGCGGGCUUCAGCCGCAACGCAUCCUCAAGGGAGCCGAACAGAGAAGUCGUGCUGGUAUUCUAGUCACGAAAAACACAUCGACAAGUAGCAGUACGCGACCUGCAAAUCAGAAUGGCGCGUCGUCUGCAAAAAAUUUGACAGCGUCGGGAGGAAAGGACUUUUCGCCAGAACGCGACGCUCAUGCACAGCCAAGGUCUUGGAUUAAUUGUACACCACCGAGUGACGCGCUCGGCCACCAUUCAGUAAGUCCAGAAGAAAACAGAGCUAGAGCAGGUAGAAACGACCUACACUCCAAGACUGCGCCAGCGAAAAAUCGUGCAAGAAACAGUGCUGGCACCCUGCAAAGCAGUGCCGGUAGUUCGUUUUCUUCGGGCACAAAACGCAGCGCCGGCUCCGGGUCCCCGUCUUGCGAUACUCAGGAUCUCCAAGCUUCUUCCCCUGACCUGCUGCAUCGACUUUCCCUGAGACAUUUCAUACUCUACGGCUUGGUACACAAUUUUCUGAGGCGAAUACGGGAGUAUCCUUUGGUGCGUCUCCGCUCUCCUUCUGAAGUCGCAGAAGCUCGCAAAGACAAGUUCUACGACACCGCAAACGAAAUUGUCGACCUCGAAGAAUUCAUCCGCUAUUGUGAUGGCACACUUCAUCUCGAGCGUGUCGCCCUUCUCGUACACCGUAAUGUCGAAGUCCUACGCCAUCUUCUCACCGUCGUGCUACCGAAGGAUCCACGAGUGCGGAAAAUCUCUUUCAUUCGACGAUAAAUGGCGAAUAUGAGUGGCAAUGUUCAAGUUCAACUAGCAAUUAUAUUAAAUACAUAAAUUGAAAAAACGAAUCUGUCUCUGUCAGCAUGCUGUUCUUGAUGAACGCUUCCCAACACAACAUCUACACUUACCACAACCAAGCUCUCUGUCCGCGCAAAUCUAUGUCAUUUAAGGUACGGGUACUAAGAUCAUAAUUGAUGUUCUGCCAUCUAAUGUCAUUUUAUUAAAUCACGAGCAAGAACCACUGUCACAUAUGUCUCGGCUAUGGAUAAGCACAACAGAAAAAUCAGGAAGCCAGGACCUACGCUAACAUGAUGCUCUGCGGUCGUGCGAGCUGGAAAAAUGAUUCCUAG